AUGUCCAGUAGGGAUGAAUUUACAACCGUGGUCAUUAAAAAGUUGUUACAACCCAUUGGAUUAUAUGAUCGCUAUCAUAGCCGCUUUGAAUCUCAAGGAUACGAUUGUGAAGAAGAUCUUUGCAUGCUAGAUGAAAGCGAUUUAGAUCAAAUGCAGAUCAAAAAUCCAACUGAUAGAUGUGAAAUUUUAGCUGCAGCUAAAACAUAUUGUAGGAGUGGCUCUGGUGAAGUAUAUCAUUGGCUGCGCCAAUUUGCAUUAGAAAAGUAUCAUUCUAAAAUUGUACAAUUAGGCUAUGACAGCCUCCGUAAAUGUAAACAAAUAGUUAAAGUAGAUGAUUUUAUGGAUGAAGUGGAAAUCAUGAUUCCAGGUCAUCGCAAGCGAAUUGCAAGAAUGAUUGAAAAGUUAAAAGAAGGAAAUGUCCGGAUUACUGAGCCUGAAGAGCCUUUAGGUGUUGGGAGUUGGAUUAAACCGGAGGCCUUAAGUAACGCUAAACACGAAUUCUUAUGCAUCAAGGCAGCAGUUGGAUCACCUGAAGAGGAUAGCAUGUACAUUCAGAAAUCAUUUUUAAUCGACACAGGUAGUGAUGUUGUGACACUUCAACCGGAAAUAGUUGAAAUUCUUGGAUUAAAUAUCAUAAGAACUGUCACAAGCCAUGGUGUCCAUUCUACUGUAGAAAAGCAGCUGUACGCUGGGGUUUUUAAAAUAAAAGAUAUAGAACUUGAGAUUGAAAAGCUAUUGUUUGCAGAUGAAGGACGAACGAGUUGCUUACCUUUUUAUUAG